AGAGUUAUAUAAUUAUCAUUUGCUUGCACACUAUAAUCUCCAUAAUAUGUUUGUCUCAUUUCUAUCUUUCAGUAAGAAAACAAUGACCUGAAAAGCUCUGAUUAUACGAGAAUAGGAUGUUCUUGUUGUUUCUGAUUAAAUGACCCACAUUCAUGUCUGCAACCUUCAGUUUUCAAUAAAAGAAGGCUCCAUGCACUAGGAUGGCAGAACUCCUCUGUGACGGUUCACGCUGUCACAGACCGAUUCUCCUACUGCAGAAGUCUAGCAAAAGUUCUCAUCUCCUGUGUGGUUAUUCUCUUUAUUAAGGAAAAAGUCAGAACCCUGACAACUUGGUGCCGUGAACCGGAUCUCAACAUACCCACCGGUGGUGGACUGAGGAUGACGCGCUGAAGCCGUGAUCACGCCCGGACAAUAUAGGCUGUCCGGAAGAAAGUCCCGGGAGGUGAAAUUCUUCGCCGGGCCAGCGUCAUAGGUCUAACCCUCAUCUGCCAGCGGUGGCUUGACGAGAUCCGACCGGAAAUGAUGAACCACAGGACUGAGAAAGCUCACCGGUGAAACCAGGUGACUGGGUGUUCAUCAAGGUCCUAAAAAGGAAGAACUGGGCCAGCCCACGGUGGGAGGGACCAUACCAAGUCCUCCUAACAACACCCAUGGCAGUAAGAAUAGCUGAACGCCCCAGCUGGAUACAUCUCAGUCACUGUAAGUUGCAGCGUGCACCAGAGGCCUAAAGGAGGCUGUUGUGGUGAAGUCUGACUACAAAGGGGUUCCGUCUUUUAGUGGCGGUUCGUCUCAAUCGUCAGCGAAGAAACCAGCCGAACCCAACAUCCAUUAGAACUUGGAUCUUUGAAGUGACCCUGCAACCUAGCAGCAUGGAAGGCCCACUGCUGGUAGACCGCAGCAGGUGGGCGCGGAGCUGCGCUGUGACUGUAGCAUGUCUUCUUGUCGCACUGACUUUCCUAGCAAUGGAGAAACCGGGAGAAGGUGGUAUCAACCUAGCCCGCCGCUCAUGGGAUCUGUAUGAAAAGACAACUCACCUCAAUAUUGCCACCCACGAUCAUUCCUACAGUACCAAUCUCUGGUGGCAACUGAUGAACAGAACUGCACACGACAGCAACAUCACCAGCUGUUAUGUGUGUACUUUCAUGCCGUAUGCUUCCCACAAUACAGGUCUCCGCCCAGGCAAUUUCACCAAAAGACAACAAAAUUGCCUGUAUGAACUUAGCACACACCCUGGCUACAACCGAACUAACAGGACAACAUUCAACUCCUGGAGCAAAAGGAAUUACUCUGAGCGGUUUUGGGUUCCUCCCAAUAACCCCCGUGGACCGUGUGGCCCAAUGAGAGACCUGUUGCCACUACCACAAGACCCCAUUAAGCUCCCGGAGGUGAUAUCUUUGGUGAGCAUGAAGCCUGGCUCACUUGGACGUUGUGUAUACAACAAUGGCACAGUGAAAGUGGGCAUGGUGCCCUGGCAUCUGUGUAACGUUACCUUAACCUUCUGUGACUACAAUCUUACAGUUCGAUCUAACUACUCAGCUUGUAUGAAGAAUGCCAACAGGAUCAGAGGAAGCUGUGGAUUACUCCUGAUCAAACGAACAUUUGACAUAAGAAACCAGACCAAAGGUAGGCAAGACCAAGCGGGUUGCAGCCCCAUAGUGCCUGGGGACCGAGGAUCCAGGGUCCUGGCUGAUUGGUAUUUCCUGUGCGGACACACUGCCUAUGCAUCCCUUCCUCCAAACUGGGGAGGCCUUUGUACUCUGGUCGCUCUAGUUCCACCUGUGUUCUUCAUGAACAGAACCGUCCCGACUCGGAGUGGGAGAAAUAAGAGACCACAUCGAGAUCAACAGGUACGCAUUGCUGAGACUCCUUAACACCACCUACAAGUUUUGCAAUGCAUCAGCAGCAGAGAUGUCGGCCAUAAGACCUAUGGUUCUGCAAAAUCGACUCGUGCUCGACCUCCUAACUGCAUCAUCAGGAGGUGACUUUCAUCCCGGACAGCACCAGUGAUGGGCAGGACAUUUCUACCGCACUGCAUGACUUAACAGAGCUGCAAGCCUACGUUAAGUCUGCGACUCCUGGCGCCAGUCCCACCAGUGACAUCUGGUCCUGGCUGACCACAGGCCCAUGGUGGCACCUCCUGCUGAAGUUGUUGACCCCUAUACUCAUGGUUUUGUGCCUAUUUUGUCUUUUUACAACAUGCGCUCAGCCUUGUGUCAUGUCCAUGAUCGCAAAGGCUACCACGCAGGCUUUCAUUCGUUACCAGCUUGUCAAACAAGCUGAAGAGGACCCCUCCCCAUGUGAAUACUCCUACGUCAGAGGCAUCGUAUGAAUCUCUCACUGAAAGUGCCAAAAGCAAGUGGUGAAAUGAUGAUGUUUGAUGCCCUGUUCUAAAAA